AUGGGGCCACCUAAAAAGCGGAGAUUGCGCAAUUCGACGAUCGACUCACUCGCCAUCAUCAAUCAAAUCAGUGGAGGUGCAGAUUCGUCACGGCGCAAUACAAUCCACAUCGCGCCAACUUCAACCCCUUCGCGAAGCCUGACAUCAGGUGUACACAACCUAACGCACGAAUUCAGAAACGCGACCGAUUUUCAUCAGCCAGGAAGCGAACCGCCUCCAAAAAGACAAUUGCGAAGCCGCGCGAUUCAUUCCGCGCCGAGGGAAGACAUUGGCGCACCGGAAAUCCGGCUCUCGCAGUCAUCGGCCUCGGAAGAAGAAGUGUAUUCGGAAACGAGAUCCGAUGAUGACUCUGUGGAUGAACAGUACGAUGAUCCCGGUCAGAACGACAGUGCUGUUCCCGGGUCAGAGGAAGCAUUCGAAGAUGGAAGACACCAUGAGGACGUGGACGACGAAGCCUACAGUGCCGGGAACGAUCCUCUUCCCAACAGCAUCCAGCUCAUGAGCGAUGACUCGGAACCUUUAGCCGGAGACCCUAGCGACUACGAAACAGCCCAGUCUGAUAGCCUGCCCAACUCAUCCCGGGCUGCUCCCCAGUCAAGGGGCAUUGCGAUGUCAAAGAAUCAACGAGCCAGAUCCACCCGACAAAGGUCGAAUGUGGACCUGAUGACGGCCUUGGAUUUCAACUUCUACGACAGCGAUUGCGAUGCGCAGGAAGAGGAGUCCGUACCAGGAGAGUCUGGGGGCGGGAUUGUGAGGGCCAGACAGCUUGAAGCCGCUGCGCUUGCUGAUGUCGAGACCGACAAGCUUGCAGGCGGGUUUCGCAAGAAGACAUUGCCUCAAACUUUGAAUAAGACUCGCGUCAAUCCGUUUCAGGAAUGUCCUCAAGCAUCGGAUGCCGAUGAGUCAGAUUCCGGACAGUCAGAGCCGAAGUUGAACAAUCGGUCAUCAACGGUCCAUCGUCCAAAAGUCCAGGUGUCAAACAGUAAGGCGCAAAAUAUUCAAGGAGUCGUUUCUCAAGCGCCAGAAAUCCAAAACUCAGACAUUCAUGAGCUUGCUGGUUCAGAGUCGAAUGUUCGAGUGUCAGGAACUCGAGAUUCAGUUGUUCAAAAACAAAAUGAUCCAGCACCGAUUGUCCAAAUACCAGUUGUCCAGAUACCAGGUGUGAAGCCUAGUUGGGAAGAGUCGGACUCACCAGCACCAGGUUCACCAGAGUCAGAUUCAUCCGAGUCAAAUUUACAAGAGCCAGGCUCACCAGAGUCGACGUCUCCGGUGCCGGACGCCCCAGUCACAGAAUUCCAGGAGUCCGAGGUUCAGGAAGCCGGCCUCCCUACAAUCAAUGGCAACGAGCCCAAUCCACAUAAAAACGAAGUGCGAAAGCUUAGGCGCUGGCUUGCCGAGCAGAUCGAAACCUCACCGCAGGGUGCUUUAUGGGAGAUUGUGCAGAGCACCAGGCGCGUCUUACGACAUGCCAUGACUCAACCCAUGCCCGAGUGCCUGCGAGGAGCCGAUUCCGAAAUCACAGAGAUGCGGCAGCUGUACUACGAAAUAACCAAUGAUGCUCGAAUUUCAAAUCGUACGCAGAAAAAGCUGCUCAAUCUUUGUCAUGCGAUCCGUACCGAAGCACAAUGGAUAUUCGAGUACGCGGCUGAGGAGGUUCCCGAAGAGACUGGUGAGGGCGCCAGGCUGCUUGAUCAGUUUGAGGCCUACGUGUUGGGCCGCUUGAUUACAAUCGUGGAGUUUGGCUACAAAACCUAUGUCACCAAGCAAAUUUGCAACUAUGCCAAGACGUCCUACCUCAGAGAAACGAAAGCUAGAUCAAAGGCAAUUCUGCUACCCCUCAAACGGCUCAUUCAGUACGUCGAAACUGGAGAUCUAGAUACGAGCAGAACUUCCAGUCGCGUCUCAAGCAGCAGCCGUCCUCUGCGCUCUAGUCAGGCAAGCAUAUCCCACUCGCAAGACGAAAGCAGUGGCUUUCCUCGAUGGUCGCAAUCGACACAGUCCGAUCUCCACUCCUCCUGGCGGACAUGGUCUGUGGAUGAAGAGGAUGCGCUCCGCGAGAGUGUGCAUCUUUUUUCAGGGGAAUGCGAAGAUAAAAGCGACCUCAUUCCCUUGAUCAUCAGUCAUUUUGGCGAUCGCUUACGACGGCGGACGUUUCGGGAUAUCGAAGCGAAGUUGGAUGAAUUCCACUCGUUAAGUUGA